UGGUUUAAUGUUGGAAUUUUAAUUUUGCCUUGUUUAUGUUUUCAUUGAGAACUUGUAGUAUUUAUUAUUGAUAAUAGUGUAUUAUUAAUUUUAGGGAAACCAUGUCUUCGGAUUCGGGUUCUGAUAAUGAAUCAAAUCGUAGUGUAAGUCCUCCUCGUGGACCUGCACCCACACCUGGACAUGGAUUAGACAGGUCUACAUCAAAUUCUCCAGACUACAAACAUGGAGAUGCCAGCCAUGAAAGAUCUGUAAGUAGACAGUCCAGAAGCAAAUCAAGAUCUGUGAGUGUAGCAUCCAAUAAUUCAGGCUCACAAAAAUCACAUAGCCCAGCCAAGUCACAUAGAUCUGGUUCAGUAGUUUCUCAAAGAUCUGGCUCAGCUGCCUCUGAUAAAUCAGAUUCUGGAGGUUCAGAUAAAUCUGGUUCUCAACAUUCAAGAAGAUCUCAAUCACAUGGGACACAUAGGUCAGGCUCUGCAGCCUCAGUCAGAUCUAGAUCUGGUUCACCAGUUUCCAAACACUCUGAAUCUAAUGCCUCCAGAAGAUCUGGAUCUGCAGCUUCUAAAAGGUCAGGCUCUGUUGCCUCAAAAAGGUCAGGUUCUGUUGCCUCAAAAAGAUCAGGCUCUGUUGCCUCAAAAAGAUCAGACUCUGCUGCCUCAAGAAGAUCUGGCUCUGCAGCCUCUAGAAGAUCUGGCUCUGCAGAAUCAAAAACUUCAGAUGUUGCAGCUUCAAAGAGGUCAGGUUCAGCAGCAUCUAAAAGAUCAGGUUCAGCUGAUUCUAAGAGAUCAGGCUCACCAGCUUCAAAUAGAUCAGGAACACACAGAUCAGGCUCUAGAGGAUCACAAAGAUCUCAAUCAGGUUCCCAAAGAUCCAGAUCAGAUUCUGCAGGUUCAAAGCACUCAAGGCCAGCUUCUGCUGCAUCUAAAAGAUCAGGUUCAGCUGGUUCAAACAAAGUUGGGUCUCAUAGAUCUAGAUCAAGCUCUGCAGGGUCCAAAAGGUCUGCAUCAGGAGAGUCACAAAGGUCUAGAUCUGGUUCAGGUGCUUCUAAGAGGUCCAGGUCUGGCUCAGCAGCAUCUAAGAGAUCUAGGUCUGGUUCAGCAGCAUCAAAAAGAUCUAGGUCUGGUUCAGCAGCAUCUAAAAGAUCUAGGUCUGGUUCAGCAGCAUCUAAAAGAUCUGGUUCUGGUUCUAGAAGAUCUAGGUCAGGUUCAGCUGUAUCCAGACGAUCAGGAAGUGCAGUGUCUCAUAAAUCAAGAUCUAGUAGAUCACGUUCAAAGUCAAAAGCCAGAAGUGGUUCAAACAGCCCCAACUUACAAAUUGAUGAAGAUGAAGGAAGUGAAAAAGGUGAUAAGAGGAAAAGAGGCAGCUCUGAGGAUAAAGAAGUAAAAAAGAAGUCUAGAGUGUUGGAUUCUGAUAGUGAAAAUGAAGAAGGAGGUGGUGUUGAAAAAGAAAAAGUUGAUGCUGUUGACAUCUUUGGGGAUGCUGAUGAUAUAAGUAGUGAAGAAGAAAAGGACAGAGCUGAAUCAGACAGAGAGGAUGGAAGGAGAUCAAGGUCAGAAGAUGGUAGAAGAUCUAGGUCCGAGGAUGAAGCAGAACAGCGCCCGACAAUAGAAGAUGAUGAAGAGAAAGAAAAUGAACCUGAACCAAUUCCUGAAACUAGGAUAGACGUAAAAGUACCGAAAAUUACUUGUGAUUUGGGAAAGGAUAUACACUUUGUAAAAUUGCCAAAUUUCUUGUCUGUGGAAACUAGACCUUUUGAUCCUGAAACUUAUGAAGAUGAAAUAGAUGAGGAAGAAACUCUUGAUGAGGAAGGUAGAGCAAGACUGAAACUAAAAGUGGAAAAUACGAUAAGAUGGAGAGAAGUUGUGGAAGAUGAUGGAACUAUAAAAAAAGAAUCAAAUGCCAGGGUUGUUAGAUGGUCUGAUGGUUCUUACAGUUUACAUUUAGGUUCUGAAAUAUUUGACGUCUACAAACAACCCUUACAGGGGGAUCAUAACCAUCUAUUUAUCAGACAAGGAACUGGUCUGCAGGGUCAAGCAGUCUUCCGAACUAAGCUUAGCUUCAGACCGCAUUCUACAGAGAGUUUCACUCACAGAAAAAUGACAUUAUCUUUGGCAGAUCGGUCAACGAAAACUUCUGGCAUCAAAAUCAUGUCUCAAGUUGGUGUUGAUCCUGACCUAGACAAAGCAACCAGACUGAAGAAAGAGGAAGAAAAGUUGAGGCAAACACCGGUAAAACAGAAAACGAGUAGGAAGAAGUCUGAUAGUGGUCCUAGAUCACAUGGAAGCAGCUUCUUAAGAGAAGAAGAGGGCAGCGAUGAUGAAGGAGCUAUUUCUUUGAAUGCCAUCAAAAACAAGUACAAAUCUGGAAAAACUGCAGAUGUUACACCAAAAGGUGGUGCAAUUUAUUCAUCAGAUGAAGAUGGAUCAGACAUUGAAAGCAGUCGGCAUAAACAGAGAGGAAAACUUGAUUCAGAUGAAGAAAGUGGGAGCGAUUAAUUAUUCUUCACCUAGACAAAUGUAUUUUAUAUUUAAACAAUUUUAUAUAUUGUAAUGAUGAAGAAAUAUAGUACCUAACUACCUAA